GGUAGUACAGUACUGACAUUUACUGCACUACACACAGUCAGGUUGGAUAUAUGUAUACUUUACAAUCUAUCAUCCGACUCAAAACUUUACUCACGUUUAAUAUCGGGGAUCAUUAUGGCGGUGUUUGACAACUGUAACGUGCUGUUAGAUGUGAGGACUUUGCCUUUUAAAGGGAAGAAGAAGCUGAGGUCAGCACUUCUGGAUAAUGGAGGAAACAUCACUUAUGUAGUCAACAAACAGUGCUCUUUUGUGGUGACCAGCAGUGUGGAUGAUCUGAGCAGUAACAGACAGAAGAGCAUUCACAAGCUUCAGAUCCCUGUAGUUGGGAUGCAGUAUGUAUGGAGUUGUCUGGAUAAAGGUCAUCUCCUACCUUUUGCAGAGCAUGUUUUGACCCCACAACUGACAGACCCCAGUUCUGAACACAGCUCCCUACGUAAUCCAGAUGUAAAAGUGUUGACUCAGAUACCAGUAAAAGGGACUAAUAUUCUUGAGAAGGGCAGACCCCGUCCCGGGAAGUUUAGAAUUUACAAAGGUGAUCAGGAUCUGUCUGAAAUUCCUUCGCAUUUUCAAGUGGCCAAGUAUUCCUUUUUUAAGAAGAAUAACUCGAAGACUUUAUCAGUUUUGGAGCUACAGAGUGCCAAAGGAAGAGCUGGUCAACAGUAUCGCGUCUUGUGUUCAAUCUUGCAUGAAUCAGAGAAGAAAGUGGUAUGGGACAAGCUUGUGUACUGCAGCACCUCUGAAGAUGCUCUGGAAGCGUAUGUGAUGCUGAUGAAAGAAGAGAAAGAUAAAGGAUUCACACAGAUUUUUACACUUCCCCCUGAGGCUGAGCGCUUGGCAUCCGACAGCUUAAAACAGCUCCUUUUGGAGGAGAAGCUGAACUGCAGCACACUAUCACAGGAAGUUGGCGUCUUCGUGGAGCUGGUUUGGACCGAAGCUCUUGGUUCCCUUAGUAAAAUCCUCACGGUCCCUGUUUCCAGGAUCAGCCUUAAUGACGUGAGCAGGGUGGAGGGAUUGCUGCUGCAGGCACAAAAGACUCAAGAUGAGGAGAAAGUCAAGACCCUGCUGGAGGAGGUCAACACUCUUUUACCCCUUCAAAUACCCGACCCUCCUUCCAAACACAAACUUGUGUCUCAGAAACUAGACCUUUGUCAGCUGAUCAGAGAUAUUUUGAAUGUGAGUGAGGCCACUAUGAGAAGCCCCUUGCCCUCCUCUUUGGGAAAGUAUCGUGCCCUGAGGUGCAGCAUUGAUGUGGUCCCAUCAGAAAACCCUGAGUUUAAUGUUAUCUCUCAAAUGCUUCAAGACAAACCUAUUCAGAUUCAGCAGAUUUUACGCGUGAGCAGAGGGGUGGAGCUUCAGAUGUUUAGGGAGGAGUUAGGCAACAUUAAGCCCCUCCUCCACUCGACUGGUACCAGCAGUUUUGUUGGAAUUCUUUCACGAGGUUUGCUGCUGCCCAGGGUCGGAGUGGAACAACACGGAAUUGAGAGGACAGAUAUCGGGAAUCUUGGAGGAGGCAUCUACUUCAGUGAUUCUCUGACGACUAGUGUGAAAUACUCCAAGCCCAGCGUAGCCGAUGGCUCUCGACUGCUGUUGGUGUGUGACGUGGCUCUGGGCCAGUGCAAGAACCUGCUGAAAAGAGACCCCACUUUGACCUGCGCCCCCGAGGGCUAUCACAGUGUACAUGGAGUCCGCCAAACUCCAAAAACUACCUCAGAGUUUCAGGAUGAUGAGUAUGUUGUAUAUAACACAGAUCAGAUCAAACUCAAGUAUGUAGUGCAGUACACUUUAGAGGAGGACCAGCUGACAGAGUUUCAUCCUCAAAUCGACACUUCUGAGGAGCUCACACAGCCCACCGAAAGAUCUUUGCCCAUUGAUGACAGUGAAGGUCUGGAGUGCACUAAGAAUCCUCUAGAGGAGAUGACCGCAGGUCUCCUGGACAGCAGUGGCAAGACACUUCCUCUGAAGGCUGUCCAUGUGCGGUGCAAAUUGAUAGACUUGUUUUGUGAGGUCAUCAUUUUUCAGACUUACGUAAACCAGAGUGAAGUUCCCAUUGAAGCAAAAUACGUCUUUCCACUGGAGGAAACGGCAGCGGUGUGUGGAUUUGAGGCCUUUAUCAAUGGAAAGCAUGUCAUUGGAAAGGUAAAGGAAAAAGAACAGGCUCGUAAGGAAUACAGAGAAGCAGUAGGGAAGGGUUAUGGAGCGUAUCUAAUGGACCAGGAUGAACCUGAUGUAUUUACUAUCAGCGUUGGGAACCUUCCUCCAGGAGCCACAGUUUUGAUCAAGGUGACCUUCAUCACUGAGCUGGUUGUGAGAGGAGGCUCCAUCAUCUUCUCUCUGCCUGGCAGUGUAGCACCGUGGCAGCAGAGCGCCGCUCUCAAUCAGAAAACUCAGGGAACUGUUGAGAAGAUCUCUGUGACAGAGCUUCAGUCAAAGGGGGAGUUCUCUCUGUGUAUGUCCAUUGAAAUGCCUUAUGAGAUCAUCAACUUAGAGUCUUCACACCUCAUCAAAAUCAAGAGGACAGACUGUAAGGCUGUGAUCAGUACUUUGCCAGGACAAACUCUUGGAUCUGAUGGGCUCCAGGUGACCUUUAGUCUUUCUAAGAUCCACCUGCCCAGAAUGUGGGUGGAGAAACAUCCAGACAAAGAGAGUCAGGCCUGCAUGUUGGUGUUUUAUCCAGACUUUAAGUCAAACUCUGAAGGUCCAUCCAGUGUGAGUGAUGUCAUCAUCCUGUUGGACACCUCAGAGUCAAUGCGGGGAGACGCCAUACUAAACGCUCGCAGGAUUGCUCUUCAAGUCCUUAACUCUUUAGACCGCUCACUAAAGAUCAACAUCAUCUCUUUUGGCACUGAUUACAAGGAAGCGUUUCCUGCACCAGUGCUCUUAGAUGAAACCUUUGAAUCAGCCAGAAAAUUCAUUAUGGUCGGAGCGGACCAGCAAUGUCGUGAGUCUCGCCCCUCCCUAAUUUCCACCUCGAGGAGAUCCCAAAGAUACCCCAAUGACCAGACACACGAGAGAUCGUGUAAUGAAACGGGUGGCAGCACUGAGUUGUGGAGGCCUCUCCGUAGCCUGAGCCUGAUACCUCCAUCACAUGGCAUGAGAAACAUCCUGCUGAUCUCUGAUGGACACGUACAGAACCAGGCGCUGACUCUUCAGCUGGUCAGAGAAAACUCCUGCCACACACGAGUCUUCACCUGCGGCCUCAGCCUGACAGCUAAUCGUCAUAUGCUCAGAGCUUUGGCUCAAGCAGGCGGUGGGACGUAUGAAUUUUUCGACACAAAGAUAAAACACACAUGGACAGAGAAGGUGCGUGCUCAGGUUCAGCGGGUGGAGUCUCCCGGCUGCAGAUCAGUGGCAGUGAAAUGGCAGCAAUUUAAUCCCACAGCGCCCCCUCCUGUUCAGGCCCCCUCACAGCUUCACGCUCUUUUCAGUGACUGUCAUACACUCGUGUACGGCUUUGUGCCACACUGUACUCAGGCCAUGCUGUUUGGUGAUCUAAGUGGACAGGAGAUAAAAACAAUGGUGUCAACCACAGAACUUCAAAAGACAAAAGGAACUUUCCUUCACAAGUUAACAGCCAGAGCGAUCAUCAGAGAUUAUGAAGAUGGCAUACUCGGAAACAGUGAGGCAGAACAUGAGGGAAAGAAAGCAGAGCUGAAGUCUUACAUCACUGAACUCAGUAAAGAGUUCUCCGUCUUGUCUCAGUUUACCAGCUUUGUGGCCAUUGAAGAGAGGGACCAGAAUCAGCUUGACACUGGAUUCACAGAUAUUCCUAAACUAAUUGCAGAAGAGGAUGUGGAUAUUCUGCCUUAUAUAGGCUGGACUGAGGAUAAAGAGGUAGACUCCUUUGAAAGCAUGGCCUUAGAUUUGUGGGAUAGCCCUUCUGGGCCCCCUCCUCCGCCUCCUAUCUUUGGUGCCAUGAGAUCUGGAGGUUUUGCUAGGUCUUCACGUUGUAUCAUGCAUGCCAGGCCCCCGCCCUCGCUUUCAUUACCUGGUAAACCUUUAAGAGGUUUUGAUUCCCAAGGAAGCUCAGCUCUCUCUGUGCAGCACUUCGGUUUAUCAGGCCCUCGAAUCAGACCUACAUCAGAUAUUGUUUUAUUUAAGUGCAACGUUCAAAAUAGUGUGUCUUCUGCACCUGUUUUAUUUAGAGAAAGGAAACAAAUAAGAUUGAUAUUAGGCAGGCGAGAAACAUACAGACGUGACAUAGUGGCAUGGGAUGAGCUAUUUCAGCUUCAGCAUGAGGAUGGAUACUGGGAAUGCACCGGGAGGCUCAGUAGCUUCCUCAGCCUGGACGUAGACUUUUUUGCUAAUGUCUUUCUUAAAGAGAAAGGCAUUUGUUCACUGGGUGCAAAGGCUCAUGCAGAUAUUUUGAGAUUGGUGGCCACUCUGUUGGUAUUGCAGCUGAUUCGAGUAAAGAAGUCAGCCGAGGGGAAGCUGCUUCAGUCUCUCUUCUCUCUGAAAGACUCUGAGGGUCCCAGGCCAAUGCACUGGGAGGCUGUGAAGAAAGCAGUGGACUGGGCUUGCUGGGCAGAUAAACAAUAUCCAUGUGUGUGCAGCAGACUGGAGUUCGGCUGGGAUUGGGAAUCAUCCACACGCCAGUUACUGGGCUAUGAUUCCCCACUUCCAUACUCUCCACUCAUACCUGUUCUGGACAGGCGUGUGGGUUUAUCUGUUAUUUAGUAACUGGACAGAGCUUUUCAUUUACAUUUGUUGUUUCACUUUCUCACCUCUAAACUUUAUAACAGUGUUACUAACAUUUUU